UUAUUUUUGAAAGAGGGAAAUUUAAAAGUGGGCAGCGGUAGGAAUAACAAUACAUGAACGAGAGGAAUACAUUUAAUAAAGACGAUUGAAAUAUGAUUCCGGUUUGUUGCCAACUGCCAAUAAUCCACCAGAAAGAAGAAGAAUGAAUAUGAUCCCAGACUAGGAUUAUUAAUCUGAAUAUAAGGUUUGAAACCAUCAUGGGGAAAAGGUCGAGAAGGUUUAAGGAAGCAAGAAAGUCUGGCACCAGUGAGGACUGCUGUGCUCUUUGCAGGCGCAGUGACGACGACCCGGCCAUGUUUGGAGAGAAGCUCAAACUGGAGGAGGAGAACUUCUCCGUCCAUUACUUCUGUCUGCUGACGUCGAGUGGAGUUUACCAGCGAGGAGAAGAGAGCGAAGGCGUCUUUGGUUUCCUUGUGGAUGACAUCAAACAGGAGAUCCGAAGGGCCUCUCGCCUGACGUGUUUUGGUUGUAAGAAGAAGGGAGCGUGCGUCGGCUGCAACGUCAGGAGCUGCAGGAGGGUGGUCCACUUCCCCUGUGGGAGGAACCAGAUGUUCAUCACUCAGUUCACCGAGAUGUUCCCGUCUUACUGUCAGGACCACAGUCCCACUCAGACCCUCAGCGUGGACUCAGACUUCAGCCUGCCUCAGUCCUGCUCCAUCUGCUUGGACUCCAUCCAUCCCAUCCUGUCCUACUCUGUCCUCAAGUGUCCGUCCUGCCAUACCAGCUGGUUCCACAGAGACUGUGUGCAGGUACCUCUGACCCUUCAGGAGAUCUUGUGGUUCGAGGUGAUCCGGUGCUGCCUGUGUGGAUCCAGAGGAACUCACCGCAAAUGUUCUGGGCUGCAGGUGGACACCAGAGACUGGGCCUGCAGCGACUGCAUCAAUGCCACGGAUGGGAAAGCAUCUCUGGUAGCCUCGCCUCAGGGCGGCCAGAAGAGAAGCCUGCUGUCCAAGCGCCACCUGUCUCCCAUGCCGUCUCCUAUUGGCUGUAAAAGACCGUGCACACCGGUAAGACCUGAAUCUGCUGAGGAGUUGCUCCAGUCUCUGCUUCCUCACCAAUACCCCGUCAGCACCCAGGUGGAGGUUCACGGAGACCAGGCGCUGUCGGCGGGUCUGGAGCUGGUCCGAAGGGCCGACUUUGACCCAAUGCAUUCGCUGUCCGUCUGCUUCACAGACCUGCAGUCCACCGCCCCCCCCAGCACUGCCUGCGACGGAGAAGCAGACAGGAAGCACUUCCUGAAGCUGCUGAUGGAGCAGAUCCAGAACUCGGUUGUGUUUGAGGGUCCGAGCAGUUCCAAGAAUCUGGCGCUGGACUCCCAGGCCCUGCGGGAAGAUCUGUACUUUGACAUCGGCUCCUUGCUGGCUCUCUGUCUGGUCCACGGCGGUCCGCCCAUUGGCUUCUUCUCCCACGCCCUCUAUCAGUGUCUGUUCAACUACCCAGCCAACCGCCCCCUAACUCUGAACCACAUGACCCCCAACACACACUUCACCCAGCAGGUCCAUCAGAUCGCUGCCGCCCAGACUUUAGAUGAGCUGAAGGAAGCCACGAGGAGGAGCUGGGAGUACCUGGAGCUGGCUGGCUGCAACAGACUGGUUACCAGCCUGGAAGACAGGGAGGCUCUGGUGGAAGACCUGGUCAACUUCACCAUGAUCACCAGGAUGCAGCUGCCGCUGCAGAGGUUGCGGGAAGGUCUGCACACGUUGGGCGUUUUUGAUCAGGUCCAGCUCAUCCCGUCCGUCUUCUUCGGUGUUUUCUGUGAGGCUGCAGAGCCGCUCACGGCAGAAACGCUCAGCCAGCUCUUCACCGUCAGCUUCUCGGAGCAGGAGGACAAACUGAACCUGGAGACGCCGGUGGUCACCUUCUGGAGACACCUUCUGCUGGAGUGUGAGGUUGGAAGGAGCUCCGUCUCCCUUGAGGACGUCCUCCGCUUUGCCACCGGCGCCAACAAGCUACCAGCAGCCGGCCUCUUCCCGCCGCCCUCCAUUUCCUUCCUCCACCGUCCAGCCCCCUACCAGGUGGGGUUGAAGGAGCAGAGGGAGGGAGUAGAGCAGUGGUUGGAUGAAGGGCUCUUCCCUCAGAGCAAACCAACGUCCAACAAGCUCCUGCUGCCCGUUACCUCCACCUACAAGGCUUUUAAAUGCUCCAUGGAGCACGCCAUCAGCCAUCACAUCCACCUCUUCCCUUUGGACGCCUAGACGGCACAGCGCCUUUGCUUUUUCUAACAUCCUCCAUCGUUAUGAAGUUCUUUUGUUUUGUUUCUUGUACCGUCUUGUUUCCUGAAGUCAGUUAAUGUUUUCUUCAGGGUGUCAGAAGGUGAGUGAAACCACAUGGAGGCUCAGAUCAGAAAGAAAGUUUCCAUCUUUACAAUCUUUCUCCAAGUUCUUAGUUUGAAAACGUUUCCGUUGUGAGCAGGAAGGUUUUCUGGCCUCUCUCCGCUGACACUCAUCUGAAAAACAGCUUUGAUUCAUUUUCUGUUAAAACUAGACUAGGUUUAAAAAUUGAAAUGUGAACUGGUUUUAUUUGUUCCCUCUGAGUUCAACCAGGCGUGUUCCUGAUCAGAGGGAAAUGUCUGAAUGGUUUUAAUGGUUUUAAUGGCAUUGUUGUUCCUGGAUGAGCAGAGAACUGGACCAAAACCAGUGAACUGUAAACAUCUGGAUCUUUGCAGCUUCACCUCUGAGUCCUUUAUUCGUUUUUUUGUUUCUUCUGUCUGUACCGGUUAUUAUUUGUACAGUGCUGACUUUAUACCGUCGCUCUGACUUUAGCUGUUAGUUCCUUCCUGUUUAUGUUGUUAUUUUUUUUAAAACUUUGAUUCUUG